AUGGCAGGACCCAGGGGUGCCUGGACCAUGGGUGACGUGGUAGAAAAGAGUCUGGAAGGACCCCUAGAACUCUCUACAGAGGAGUCGCCCCAGAAAAAGGGAGAACUGGUAGAAAUCUUAAGUGAGGACAAGGUAAAAUUUGACGACACAGGACUCUCCUUAAUUCUGCACAACGGCCUGGAGACACUGCGAGUGGAGAAUGCGCUGACAGAUGUUAUUUUGUGCGUGGACAUUCAGGAAUUUUCCUGCCACCGUGUGGUGCUUGCUGCAGCCAGCAACUACUUCAGGGCAAUGUUCUGCAAUGAUUUAAAGGAAAAGUAUGAGAAGAGGAUCAUCAUUAAAGGGGUUGAUGCAGAGACCAUGCACACACUGCUGGACUACACAUAUACCAGCAAAGCGCUAAUCACCAAGCAGAACGUGCAGCGGGUCCUGGAAGCUGCUAACCUCUUCCAGUUCCUGCGCAUGGUGGAGGCCUGUGCCAGCUUCCUCACCGAUGCCUUGAACCCAGAAAACUGUGUGGGCAUUCUGAGACUGGCGGACACACAUUCCCUGGACAGCCUGAAGAAGCAGGUUCAAGGUUACAUCAUCCAAAACUUUGUGCAGAUCCUGAGCUCUGAGGACUUCCUGGAGCUGCCCGUGGACACUCUGCACCACAUCCUGAAGAGCGACGACCUGUAUGUGACGGAGGAGGCUCAGGUGUUCGAGACCGCGAUGAGCUGGGUCCGGCACCGGCCAGCCGAGCGCCUCUGCCUGCUGCCCUUCGUCCUGGAGAACGUGCGCCUGCCCCUGCUGGACCCCUGGUACUUCGUGGAGACGGUGGAGGCGGAGCCCCUCAUCAGGCAGUGCCCCGAAGUCUUCCCACUGCUCCAGGAAGCCAGAAUGUACCACCUUUCUGGCAAUGAGAUUAUCUCAGAGCGCACCAAGCCCAGGAUGCAUGAGUUCCAGUCUGAGGUGUUCAUGAUCAUCGGGGGCUGCACGAAGGAUGAGCGGUUUGUGGCUGAGGUGACCUGCCUGGACCCCCUGAGGCGUAGCCGUCUGGAGGUGGCCAAACUCCCCAUGACAGAGAAUGAGCUGGACAGUGACAAUAAGAAAUGGGUGGAGUUUGCAUGUGUCACAUUUAAAAAUGAGGUCUACAUCUCAGGUGGCAAAGAAACACAGCAUGAUGUCUGGAAAUAUAAUUCUUCUAUCAACAAAUGGAUUCAAAUAGAGUACUUGAACAUAGGCCGCUGGAGACAUAAGAUGGUGGUGCUGGGGAGCAAGGUCUAUGUGAUUGGUGGUUUUGAUGGUCUGCAAAGAAUCAACAAUGUGGAAGCCUAUGACCCCUUCCAUAACUGCUGGUCUGAGGCUGCAUCCCUUCUCUUCCACGUCAGUUCCUUUGCGGCCACCAGUCAUAAGAAGAAGCUCUAUGUGAUUGGUGGAGGGCCCAAUGGGAAACUAGCCACAGACAAGACUCAGUGUUAUGACCCUUCAACCAAUAAAUGGAGUUUAAAGUCUCCUAUGCCAGUGGAGGCCAAAUGCAUAAAUGCAGUGAGUUUCCGGGACCGCAUCUAUGUUGUUGGUGGGGCCAUGCGGGCGCUCUAUGCCUACAGUCCGCUGGAGGACAGCUGGUGCCUGGUAACGCAGCUCAGCCACGAGCGGGCCAGCUGCGGCAUCUCGCCCUGCAACAACCGCCUCUACAUCACGGGGGGUCGCGAUGAGAAGAACGAGGUCAUCGCCACUGUGUUGUGCUGGAACCCCGAAACGCAGAAGCUGACGGAGGAGUGUGUCCUGCCCCGGGGGGUGUCGCAUCACGGCAGCGUCACCAUCAGGAAGUCUUAUACCCACAUCCGACGGAUCGUGCCGGGGGCUGUGUCCGUCUGA